CUCUCAAUUCUACACUUCCCAUUCACAUUCCUUCCCUCCCUCCUCCGAUUAUGUAUCCUUUGAUCUUCUUCAUCAUCUUAAGCAUCUCAAAUCUUCAUUUCUCAAAAUCCCAACUCCAAAAACCAAAAGUUUUGUCAUCCUUUUCCAUUUCUAACUCAUCAUGGACUCCAACCAAGAACCAAAUCCUUCUUUCUCCUAACUCUACUUUUGCUGCAGGCUUUCUCCCUUUGCCUUCUUCUCCAAAUCUUUACACAUUCUCAGUUUGGUACUAUGGAAUAACCGAAAACAAUGCUAGCAUAGUAUGGACCGCCAAUUAUGACUCCCCUGUUAAUAGUUCAGCUUCAUUGAUCAUCAAACCGACUGGGGAGCUGAGCUUAAGCACCCCUUCUGGUAAAAAUCUCUGGCCUUCAAGACCUGUUAGCAGAAGAAACACAACAGCUCUCAUUCUUCAAGAAAGUGGGAAUUUGGUUUUUGGUGAUUGGGCAAGUUUUGUUUAUCCCACUACUACAAUGCUUCCCAAUCAGAAUAUUACAAAUGCAAAGAGAGUUCUUUCCAGUAUGAAUGGGAAGUUCAAGUUUUAUGAGUCUAAAGAACUUGUGUACAACGGAGAUCCAGAUUAUUACUGGACUGCUGACAAUGCCUUCUUGAACGUGGAUGAUCAGGGGAGGAUUUCAAAAGGAAACUUCCAAUCAUUCAUUUCAUCAGACCUGGGAGAUCAGAAGUUGAGAAGGUUGACUCUUGAUGAAGAUGGAAAUCUCAGGCUUUACAGCUAUGACUCAAGCUUGGAUCAAUGGGCAACUGUAUGGCAAGCCGUGUUCAACUUGUGUCAAAUUAAAGGUACGUGCGGCGCAAAUGCUAUAUGUAUGUAUGAAACUUCAGAUUCCUCUACUUCUUGUGUAUGUCCACCAGGGUUCAAGAAAAGCUCCCAUGAUUCCUGUGAAAGGAAAAUUCCAUUGACUGAUUUGAAAAACAGCAACUUCUUCCGUCUGGAUUAUGUGAAUUUUACCGGAGCAGCGAACUCUUCAAGUAUUCAGAAUUUGGCUUUAUCUGAUUGUCAAGCUAAAUGCUUGGCUGGAGAUAAUUGUCAAGGCUUUCAGUUCAAAUAUGAUGGCAAAAAUGACUGCAUACUUCUGAUGGAAAGACUAGAUUAUGGGUUCUGGUCUCCAGGUACUGAAACUGUCAUGUUUUUGAGGGUUGAUAGCUCUGAAACAGAUGAAAAUCCAGAGUUCACUGGUAUGACAACCUUAAUGGAAACAGCUUGUCCUGUUACAAUCAAGCUCCCCUUACCACCUGAAGAAUCCAGGGCUACAACUAGGAAUAUUGUGAUCAUCACAACUAUUUUUGCUGCUGAACUGAUUAGUGGUAUUUUCUUCUUCUGGACCUUUGUCAAGAAGUACACUAAGUAUAGGGACAUGGCUAGGACAUUUGGUCUUGAAGUCAUGCCUGCAGGUGGUCUUAAAAAGUUCAGUUAUGCUGAGCUGAAAGAUGCUACAAAAAAUUUCUCUGAUGUUAUUGGAAGAGGUGGUUUUGGUACUGUUUACAAAGGAGUUUUAGGUGAUGGCAGGGUAGUCGCUGUUAAGGCCCUGAAAAAUGUUGCAGGAGGGGAUGCUGAUUUUUGGGCUGAGGUAAAUAUUAUAGCCCGGAUGCAUCAUCUGAAUUUGGUCAGGCUAUGGGGGUUUUGUACUGAGAAGAAUAGGAGGUUGUUGGUUUAUGAGCAUGUGCCUAAUGGCUCACUGGACAAGUUCAUUUUCCAAAGAGAUUUGGUCAAUUUGGAUCUUGACGAAUCUCCACAGGAAUUGGCUGACCGGAAACCCGUCCUUGAUUGGAAUAUCCGGUACCGGAUCGCCCUCGGCGUGGCACGGGCAAUUGCUUACCUGCAUGAGGAAUGUUUAGAAUGGGUGCUGCAUUGUGACAUUAAGCCUGAGAACAUCCUCCUGGGAGAUGAUUUUUGCCCAAAAGUAUCAGACUUUGGGUUGGCUAAAUUGAAGAAAAAGGAGGACAUCGUGACCAAGUCAAGGUUCCGGGGCACACCUGGAUAUUUGGCUCCCGAAUGGCUCCGACCGGAGCCCAUUACGUCGAAAUCCGACGUCUACAGCUUUGGAUUGGUGUUACUGGAAAUGGUAGCUGGUAAGAGGAAUUUUGAUCAGCAGAACUCAGAGGUGGACAGUCAUGAAUGGUACUUUCCAAGUUGGGCAUUUGACAAGGUGUUCAAAGAAAUGAACGUUGAUGACAUUUUGGACCCAAUAAUCAAGCAUUCUUAUGACAGCACUGCACAUUUUGAUAUGGUCAAUAGGAUGGUCAAGACAGCUAUGUGGUGCCUUCAAGACCGGGCGGAAAAUAGGCCAACAAUGGGAAAGGUAGCCAAGAUGUUGGAAGGGACCGUGGAGAUCAUUGAGCCGAAAAGACCCACAAUUUUCUUCAUUAGAGAUGAGGAUGACUAGUCCAUCAAUGUGGCAGUUUCCAUGACUCAAACUCAACCGAUUGACACGUUAAGCAAUUGACUGUUAAAUCUCUGUCUUCUCCUUUCUCUGUCAAUAAUUUGGAGUCUCUUUUUGAGGGGAAAAAGAAAUCCAUUAAUGUACCAGGAAUAAUGCUGCAAAUGUAAAUCGUCACUGGUCCAUGCUGAUUUGUACUCAUUCCCAGAUUUCUACGCUAUAGCUUUUGAACAUGAAGAAAUAAAAGCAUAGUUCUGUAUGAUGACAUUCUAGAGAAGAUUGUUCAAACAAGAUUUCUCCAGUAGCUAGCUGUCUAGGUCUAGGGGUCAAUAAGGUGAUUCCAACCUUGGUUGUUUGUGGUGUAAUGUACUGUAUGGAAAAUAUUUUGUUUGAGUAAUUUCAGCAUUUGGA